GGGAUUCUCACCAACGAGACACGGGUUAUCUUUUCAAUAGAGACGACAGAGGGACUCCGAGCGACAGCGAACAGGUGGUUUUUCCAGACAGACUUUUGAGCCAUCUUACCGACUGGGAGAACUCAAGUGUAAACUGUACUCUGAUAUGCUACAGGAGUGAGGUCCAGCAGGGAUACUGCCUACACCUCCCCUCAUAUUCCCACUCCUCAAGCAAGCUGAGCAAGGACAUCAGGCAUGAUGGGAGUCACUGUGUUUUGUGUGGUGGUGCUAGCAAUCAUCUGUCACAGCCACAGCCGGGAAAUACAAAACCCUCUCUACAGGUUCAGAAGGUCUCAGGAAAAUGUCCUGUCAGAUCCCGGUGAAUGUGUGUCCAGGACCAAGCCGGUCUUAACAAACUCUCACAAUUUCUCUGUGGAUAUUCAGAUGCCUGGUGUCAUCCCAGCUGGGUCGGACACUUACCUGUGCACAGCAUUUCCUGUGCCUACUAGUCGUGAUGCAUAUAUUGUGGACUUCAUACCUCACGCCAGUAUGGACACAGUUCAUCACAUGCUCCUGUUUGGCUGUCAGACUCCAGCGUCUACCAGCAGCUACUGGGACUGUGGCAGUGUACAAGGCACUUGUGAGGAUGAGGCCUCCAUCAUGUACGCCUGGGCUCGGAAUGCACCACCUACUAAAUUACCUAAAGACGUUGGUUUUAAAGUUGGAAGGAAUUCAGGAAUGACCCACUUUGUGCUGCAGAUUCAUUAUGGAGAUGCCAGUGCUUUCAGAGACCAUCAUAGAGACUGCUCAGGACUUACCUUAAGAAUGACAACCAAACUGCAGCCAUUCAUUGCUGGCAUAUACCUGCUCAUGUCUGUGGAUACAGUUAUCCUUCCAGGAAAAAGAGUUACAAAUGCAGACAUCGCCUGUGACUACACUUCAUAUCCCAUCUACCCGUUUGCCUUCAGGACCCACACACACCAUCUCGGUCAAGUGGUCAGUGGCUACAGGAUCCGAGACGGGAAGUGGAGCCUUAUUGGGAGACAGUCACCUCAGCUUCCACAGGCUUUCUAUCCUGCUGCCAGCGAGUUGAAUGUGAAGUAUGGUGACACCAUUGCAGCCAGAUGUGUGUUUAGUGGGGAGGGCAGAACCUCCAAAACUUAUAUUGGUGGUACCUCUGCUGAUGAAAUGUGCAACUUCUACAUAAUGUACUACAUGGACAGCAAACACGCCAUCCCCUACAUGAACUGCAUGGAGCCUGGCUCCAAAGAGCUGUUUGAGCAUAUUCCAGCUGAGGCCAAUGUUCCUGUGGCUGUUAGUCCAGCUGACAUGAACUCUAUGAUGCAUAUGGGCCACUCAACAGAUCAUCAAGAUCACAGACAGCUUCUGGAUUCAAGCAAGACAGAGCAGGUUUUGGAUCAGGGUGACCUCUUUUCUCUUAUGUCCAAGCUGCUAGGCCACAGCAAGGACAUAGUUCACAUUCAUAAGUACAACCCCAGCGAGAUGCAGAGAGCCCAGGCUGACUUGGUGGCUCAGAUCGAUAGCUUAAUGCAAAAGAAAGACCUGGGCUCUCCCAGUGCCAGACUAGCCUUCCAAACCAGGGAAGAUCCUGUUUUGCUGAGGGACAGGGUCCACAAAUUCCACCAGCUUGAGGCCACGGCUAAGCCACCAAGAAGCAAGCUGCUAGCUGAAGGACAAGACUACCAUUUGGAGCAAGUCUCAGCAUGGCCUCAGAAUUCUCUCAAGCUGGGUCAGGUGUCAGGACUUGCCCUUGACUCAGAUUCUAACCUGGUCAUUUUCCAUAGAGGUGACCGCCACUGGGGGGCAGACUCCUUUAACGACCAGGCGAGAUACCUGCAGAGGUCCCAAGGUCCUAUUCAACAGUCCACUAUUCUGGUAGUUGACCCGACCAAAGGCAACAUCCUGAAGGCUUCUGGUAGAGACAUGUUCUAUUUGCCUCAUGGAAUAACUACAGACAAGAGGAAUAAUUACUGGGUCACUGAUGUGGCUCUUCAUCAGGUGUUUAAAGUGAGCAGUGAUGGGAGAGACAGUGUGCUGCUGAAACUGGGAGAGGCUUUCACACCAGGAAGUGACAACAGCCACUUCUGUCAGCCCACCGAUGUGGCUGUAGACCCUGAGACUGGGAACGUCUUUGUGUCUGAUGGCUACUGCAAUGCCAGGAUACUCAAGUUCUCUGCAAAUGGUCAAUACCUGUCUCAGUGGGGUGCAGGCUCAUCAGACAGGAGGAGGCGCAUACCGUUCUCGAUCCCGCACAGUCUAGUGUUCCUUCCUGACAGACAGGAAGUUUGUGUGGCUGACAGGGAGAACGGACGUAUCCAGUGCUUCAUAGCCGAAACUGGAGAGUUUGUCAAAGAAAUAAAGAAAGAGGAGUUCGGAGGGGAGGUGUUUGCCAUCACCUACAGCCCUGCUGGAGAUGGCUUGAUCUUUGCAAUAAAUGGAGUCUCUCCAUAUCGCUCAGCUCCACUCAGAGGUUUUGUAAUAAAUUAUUCAACAACGGACAUUUUGGAUACCUUCAGCCCUGAGAAAACGGAGUUUAAAAUGCCUCAUGACAUUGUUGAAACCAAGGACGGCAGCAUCUUCGUCGGAGAUGUAGGCACUAAAUCAGUCUUCAAGUUCACCACUGAGAAGUUACAUCGUUCUGUCAAGAAAGCUGGAAUCGAGGUUCAAGAACUUGAAGAAAUGGAGACAUUUGUCCAAACGAAGGUGAGGCCAGAGCACAACAUGUCGAAGACAGCAGCCGUCCAAGAGAAGCAAACUGUGGCUCUACAGCCUCAACCACAACAAGAGACAGAGGAGGAGAAGAAGAAGAAUGCAGCAAAGUCAAACAGAGGGCAGGGUGUACUCCCAGCCAUUAUCACCACCCUGCUGCUCGUCCCUCUGCUGCUGGUCAUCUCCGUUGGAGUCUUUAUCUGCUGGAGGAAAAACAACCGAUGUGAGGUGAAAACUGAACCCAGCUCUGUGGGAGGGAUCUUGGGAAAAAUAAGAGGUAAAGCUGUGGGCAGUCUGAACCUGGGGAACUUCUUUGCAUCCCAUAAGGGUUAUAGUCGUCAGGGCUUUGACCAGCUAAGCACUGAAGGCAGCGACCAGGAGAGGAACGACGAGGACAGCAGCGACUCGGAGAACGAAGAGUACUCUGCUCUGCCUCCUCCUCAGUCCUCCUCGUAGACACUCUGGGUACAGCCACCAACCUUCUGCUUUCUCUGCCAAUCCAAGAUGUAUGUUCUUCAUCAUGUGUGUAACUGUUGUGUUAGCUGCCAAUCUUAUUGUUUAUAUAUUUAAAAAAAGAUGCUGUAUAUAAAAAUAAUUAGCCUAAUUUAGACAGGUUAUUUAAAAUUUAUUUAAUUUACCCGAAGUCUGGAUAUAGCCUUGGUGAUACAAUUCACAAGUUUUACUUUGAAAGAUUGUUUUUCCCAAAUCAAACUUGCAUUUAGUGAAAAUAUUAGCACAAUCCCCAGUUUGAAAUAGCUGGUGUAAGGUUUAGCCUUGAUACAAGACCAAAUCUGCCAGCGAGCUAAGAUAACUUUUUUUUUCAUGCUAUUGUUUCACUUCUUUUAGGGAUUUGCUUGAAAUGAGGAUCAGCAAAAAAAUUCAACAAAAUUCUCAAAAUAAGCUGUUUAGUGUUGGAAACAGGUCAAACAAAACAAAGCCCAUUGCUGGACUUUUAUUUUCAUUUGUAAGAAACUAAACGAAACUUCACUGAAUCACUUUUUGAGAAGGGACAUUUCUGGGACUGAAAUGUGGUCAAGUAUUUCACACUUAGUCAGCUAAUGUUAUUUUUGUACUCAAAGUGACCUGUUUGAAAACCUGAAAGGCUCUGUUUUCAUGGCAGCGCUCUGACCAGCUUAAGCAGCACUGCGGCAGUUUAUUGGUUUUCUGACAGUGAUAUUCGCUUUGCCCAGCUGUUAGCCCAGGUGGGAAGAGAAGUGCCAAGUGGAAAGUGGAAGUGCAGAGUCUUUGAUAUUUUAGAACAAGUUGGGUCUUAUGUAGAUGUUGCGCUGAGAAUAGAUGUCUCAGAACCAUGUCUGUUCCUGGAAAAACAUCACUCUACUGCCAAUUUGUUGAUUCUGUCAUCAAGAGAAACUAAAUCCUCGGAGAGAAUAUUGUAAUUAAACUCUGAGAAGAAGAUGCAUUUAAAAUGGCAAAAAAAAAUCCAAUGUAAAGUACCUGAAAGUAACUUAUGGAACAUCAGUAAAUCAGUGACCUAUGAAUUAAUUUGAGGGACUUUUACAGUAUCAGUCAUGCACAGCUGCUUUAUAAUGUAUGAAAAGGCUCUGAUUUAAGAAGUGCCGCAGGAGAGCUAUGGCCAUUCACUAUGUUUACCUUGAAUACAGGUUGCCACAAAAUAACCCUACACACCUCCACAUACAUCAGACUGGUCAGUUCUGAAUUGCAGGAUGUAUUCUCACUGUUAAUGAGUGAGACAUCAGGUUAAAGGGGUUCAUAAAUCCAAUUUUAGCAAAAGUGCCAUUACAUACAAUAUGAUGGGACCAUUAGCAUCCUGAGAUACAAUAGGAUUAAAGGGAUACAAAAUGACCACUUAUAUAUCAUUUACUCACCUGUGUUAAAUGAAUUAGUAAAGAAAACUGAAUGGAUAAUCCAAAACUGAAGAAAACUCUUGAUAAUUUGCAGUAAAGGGGACUGCAUUAAACAACAGGAAAACUAUCAACACAUCCCAGCCAAGUCUCAUUUAUCCAGUUGUAUGCUCAGUAAUUAACAAACACAUGCCUUUUUGCUAAAACAUUACUAUUUAAAAACGUUUCCACAAAAACAGCCUUACACACAGACUUAGAUAAGAUCAGAUAAGAUCCUUUGUUCACUGUGGAGGCAUUUGAGAAAGUUUUCUUUAUUAAUUCAAUAUAACACAGGUUGAAGUAUUCCUGUAAGACUGAGACGGUGUCGGAUUGAUGCGAUCAUGUAAAUGACUUGAACAAGCAUUUUUUAAAUACAUCUUUGUAUUGUCUUUGUAGCAAUUAUCUGUAAAAUCCCACACCAAGCGUCUCUGCUCCAUCCAGACAACAAUAUGAUUUUCUGGAAAAGUCGAUUAUUCUUUUGUUGAGCUGUUGCUGUCAGACCUCACUGUGAUUGACUUAGCUCUUUCAAGACGAUGAGAGCAGUGAUGUGAUCGGCUGUAUUUAUUAAUCACUAUACCGUCUCAUCUACAUUCCACUUCACUCAACCAUAUAGCACUUUGUGCUGCUCAACUAAAAUAGCAGGCAAGCUUGGAGAGGCUCACACAGUCUGUGGUCCCAGGAUGUCCUGCUUUGUGCUGCUCACUGUGCUUUUCCAUUAAAAUAGAGCCCUAAGAAAGAAACAGAGAUGCUCUGUUGGCUGUUUAUGUUGCUGUUCAGUGUUUUGGUUACGCCGAGUCAGAACUGGACAUAAGUACAGUGUUUUUCAUGACAUUUCAAUAUCUGAUUAACAAUUCAAUUAGCAGGAUUAAUUACAGAAAUUUUGCAAGUUUAUCUAGAUUUCAAAAAUGCAACAUUUAACAGCACUGAUAUUGUGUAAAUGGUUUACUUUGACUGGAAAAGUGCAUCCUCCCUUACAUAAAUUUCUUCCAUGUAGUAAAGCUACACACAUAGCAUUAUUUCAGUAUGAUUGUUUGGUCCAUGUUUCAAUUUGGUAACAUUUCACUUGUAAUUUUGUGCCUUUUUUACAUCUGUAUUUUGCCUUUCUUCAGCACCUGCCAUUACAAAAUGUACCAUGGGAUGAAAACAGCUGCUGCUAGUAGAGCUUGUACUAUAUUGAUUUCUCUUCCAUUCAAGUGUACAGAAAAUAGAUAUUAUUACAUAUAUAUAUGUAUAUGUAUAUUAAUGUCUGUAUGUAUGUAUGUAUGUAUGUGUGUGUGUCUGUCUGUCUGUCUGUGUGUGUGUGUGUGUGUGUGUGUGUAAGAUGCCAAUCAAACAGCCAAGUCUCAAGCACUGUAACUUUUACUUCAAACUCCCUCACUUCAGAGUUCAGACUAUAAAGAAACAGCAUGAAUUAAGAAACAGUUGCUUUGUCCAUCUUCUGUAACUUAAAUGAACCACGUUGCUUUGUUUGCAAGUUUUAGCUCUUUACUUACAAAUUGUUUAUGAUUAAUGUGUUUGAUCUUAACCUAAUAUACAUAUACUUAAGUCACAAUAUAAUAUUAUUGCGAUUUUAAAUGUAUUGUGAUAUGCUGAGCACUGCGAUAAAAUGAAAAUUAUGUCCCCAAAGGAAAAUUUUGUCAACAUCUGUUUUAUCUAAUAAGAUAAAUUAUUAAUAUGACAAAUUCAAAUUAAACAUUAGGUAGCCUACUAGAAUAAUAUAAUCAAUUGCUUUUUCAGUUCACUACAUAUAUUUUGCUGCUAGUAAAAUUACUGAAAUGAGUGGAAAACUAUGUAGUAAAAAAAAAAAGAAAAGAAAUCAGUACUUGUGUGAGGAUACGAUCUUGCCACACAAAAAUAUUGUGAUAUUAUGCGGUAUCCAUUUUGUUCCCCCACCCCUAAAAGAUACUCAUUAUCAUAGACAAUAAAGAAAACCAGCAAAUAUUCAGUUCAGAGAAACUGGAGCCAGUGGAGUGUUGGCACUGUUGCUUAAUAAAUGUGCUGCUUAAAGGGAUAGUUCACAUUUUUUGAAGUGGGGUGUUAUGGGUACUUAUCCAUAUUCUGUGUAUUAUUUAUUUAUUUAACAGGGACAGUGCACUGCUACCUAGCUGCACCAGCGUUAGCUAUACGCUAAUUUUCAUCUGUAGUCCCAGCGCAGGAAACGGAGAAUAAUUUAUCUGCUAAAAGACAUUAAUUGUAUAAAAAACACAAUUACAAAAUAGAACAUAUUUAUGACACACUGGUUUCAGCAAUAACAACAGCAAGACAACACAAUAUCAAAUCAUUGCAACAAUAAAAGUAGCAACAACAAUAAAACUACAACCCUAAGACACCACAACAACAACAAUGAAACUACAACAUAAAGAUAUAACAAGAUUUCACAGUGUUAGAUCAAGUGUUCAUGUGUGAUGGGUACAUGAUUGGGUUGAUUUUAGCCGUGAUUUCAUCUUAAAUUUAAAGCCAACAAAGCUGUUACACUGUCUUUUCUCACUUGGUACUGAGUUUCAGUAGUUAGUAGCUCUAACAGAGAAGGCUGAUCUACCAAACUCAGUAGAUCUGUGCUGUUGGUCGACCUAGAUGCCCUCCCUUUGUCUGAGUGCAGUUGUAUGAACUCUUUUAAAGGUGGAGCAGCCAGAUCAUUAAUCACAUUGUACACUACACUAGCAUCAGCAAAACACACAAAGCUGUCAAAGGUCAGUAUAUUAAGCCUUUGAAUGAUGUUACAAUGGUGAUAACAUAAUGAUUUUUUUGUCCAGUGCCUUGAGUGUUUGUUUGUAAAGUGUUUGCAGCUGGGCAAGUGCUGUUUUUCCAGAGUGUGACCAGCUUGUAAUGCAGUAAGCAAUAUGUGAAAACAUCAUUGAGUGCAUGUAUAUCUUUGCCACAUUUAAGGGGAACUGGUUUCAAUUAUAACUAAAGUUCCUUAGAUUUUAUUUAGAUUAAAUGUUUCUUAAAAGUCAGCUGUAAAUCAAGUGUAAUGCCUAGAUAUUUAAAAUGUGACACGGUCUGGAUCCUUUCUCCCUUUACCACAAUAUCUGGCUGACUUCCAUUUUUCCUAAUAAAAAAUUAUUAUGAUGAGGAUGACCGUGUCAUCCUCGUACAUUUGGGUUUAAACUUCAGGACAUGUGAGUGGCAGAUCAUUAACAUAUAGACUAAACAAAAGAGGUCCUAAGAUUGAGCCUUGUGGAACACCAACAGAGCAAUCAGCAAAUGAUGAGGUCCUAUUCCCAAUUCUAGUACAUUGUCUUCUCCAUCCAUUUGAUUGCAUCAAUGGAGAAAUUAAAAGUGGAUCAUUUAGAAAGAGGAACAUUAUGAUUUACAGUAUCAAAUGCUUUUCUCAAGUCCAAAAAUACAGCUCCUACAGCAUCUACUAUUCUGUACAACUUUAAUUAGAUUUUUUCAAUGAAAUAGCAGGCAGCCAUUUUAGUUGAAUGUAUUUUUCUGAAGCCAAAUUGCAUGGGAUGAAGUACAGCUUGUCCUGAGUUUAAAAAGUCAGUUAAUUGUUCAGUAAAAGUAAAUUUCUUAAUACAGCAGAUGUCAGUCGGCACACCCCCAGUUUGGAGAAGUAGGCAGGAAUCCAACAUGGAAGUUAAGCAAUGUUCUUCUGUGGAGGGGUCAGCAACAAAACAUAUUUCAGCCACCUAAAAAAAGUCCUUCUUAAAAAAAAUCAUUAUCAAUUUAAGUGUACAUUAUAUUGAGAGUGUUUUCAUUGUGUCACACAGCUCAUUUCGAUGGGGAAGAUAUUACUGUUUUAAGUUCCCCAUGUAUACUCUUGUCAACACCACAAGACUCCAAACUGGGAACAAGCUGACUGAUAUCUACUGUAUAUAAUAUACUGUCUAUGGACAAGUGCCUGAUACAACCCCACUCCAAAAAAUCUGAACUAUCUGAACUUAAAUAUUAAUGAUUAAUGGAUUUUAAAAAUAGUUUGAGAUGAAAUACCUUUAAGUCAAAUUGAAAAUUAAUACAUUAAAAUCAACUGCUUCAGCGCUAUAAUUAUUGUAUGGAAAACCAGUGGAUACCUGGAAAAGUGAAAAGGAAUACAUUCAGUUUUUCUUAUCACAGGAUCACGCAGCAUGUUUUACAAAAUGUUCAGCUGUGAUUUAAAGAAUACAAUGUGCAGCAAAUGAGCUAAAACAUGCAGUGGACCAAUUUUUGUGGUUCUUAAAAUGUUUGUCUUCUUUACAGCUGCAGGUGCAUGUCUGCAUUUAAAUUGUUCUGUUUCAGCAAUGUAAUAUUGUGUAUAUUGUGAACCAUUGUGCACAUUGUCCCAAACUGAAAGUGUCUGACAACUACAAUUAAGUACAUUGCUUGAGAUUUAACUGGAAAUUACAAAAUUGUUAAUUGAUCAUGUUUAAUCUGAUCAAUUAAUACAUUUCUAGGAAUGAAUGGAAAACUGAGAAUAUAGGAAACAUGUUCACUCAGACCUACAGCACAAGUCAUAGGUUGUCAAAGGAAGUUGUUCAGUGAAAUCUGAAUCAAGCACGAGUCCCCCAGAUUAUAAUGCAACAAUUAAUGUCCAUCGAAAUCUAUCUCACAGCACACAACUCAUGUAAAAUACACAGAAACACAAAGACAGUGGGAUGAAGAGGAUGUUUUUCUAAUCAGAAUACUCUGUUUCAUUCUGUAUUCUCAGGUUUCAUUUCAUUUGCUCAAUCUUUCAUUCCAUCUUCUUAAAUUCCAUCCUGUAUUCUCCUACCCAUGUUAGAUAUUUCUGGUUCUGUCCAUACCCUCAGUUUGCCUUACACUUUGAAUGAAUGGUUUCCUUAAUGGCAUGCCAUAGAAAAUGCAUUUCUGAUGUUGCAGUCACAUGAAGGCUAACUGAUAUUUAUUUUGACACACUGGUUUUGCUGCAAGAGUACUAUUUUCAGUAACUAUGUUAUUUGUGUAAUAAAGUAUCUGCAAAGCA